GGCCGGAGCCGGCUGGAGGGCCAGGCCCGGAGGCCCCCACCCUGGCGUGCACGCCUGGGCUGCGCCCGAGGAAGAAACGGAGGAUGAUCUCCAGAUACACGCGAAAGGCGGCGCCUCAGAGCUUAGAACUGAAAGGACUAACAAAACAUGGUCUUAAUCAUCAUCCCCUUCCAGAGCCACUGGAUGAAAUUUCCUCAACACAUGAUAGCCAUGAAAAAGGCACAAGUUCUCAAAGUGAAUCUGACAUCACACAAGAAUCACCUUUAACCUCAGCUGACACUGGGAAUUCAAGGUCUGCUUUUCCAAGUUACACAGGAACAGGCUUCUCGACUGAAGGCAGCUCGGACUUCUCCUGGGGAUAUGGUGAACUUGAUCAGAAUGCCACAGAAAAGGUCCAGGCAAUGUUCACAGCCAUCGAUGAACUCUUGUAUGAAAAGAAGUCGAGUGUGUAUACGAAGAGUCUUCAGGAAGAGUGCCGACAGUGGACAUCGAGCUUUCCUCACCUCAGGAUUCUGGGUAGGCAGAUGAUCACUCCGAGUGAAGGUUACAGAUUGUACCCUAGGUUCCCUUCAGUUCCCCAUGAGGCAACUCUGCUUCCAGAAAGAGAUUCUACUAUAUUUGGUAUAAGAGGAAAGAAGGUAAAUUUUUCCUCCUCAUAUGCUCAUAAAGCAUCUUCCAUUGCCAAAUCUCCUAGCUUGUGUUCCAUGAACCGGGAAGAGGAAGAUUGUGUCAUCGUCUCCGAAGGAUUAAUAGAGGAAUACCUCGCAUAUGACCACACAGAUUUGGAAGAGGAGUUUUGUGGAACAAAAUCAGAAGUGACUGCAGAGAAACAGAAAUUAGGCCACCCUCCCAUUGCUCCGUUUUACUGCAUGAAAGAGGGUGUCCUUGCACAUGUGUUUGACAACGUGUGGAGCGGAGUUCUGGGCUGGAUGGAGGAGUUGAUACGUAAUCAUUGGGAGGGGUAUGUUUCUGGUAAGGAUCUUCCUGGAAAUUAUGUUGUGUUUUUUCAAGCCCUGUUAGUUUUCAAGCUCACCAUGAGUCUCUGUCAAGCAGCAAGCAGUCAUCAGCCAAAUGUGAAUGGUCUCUUGGUCCAUGGGAUGCCGCUGCAACCGAGAAAUCUCUCCCUAAUGGACAAGCUCCUAGAUCUUGAUGACAAGCUACUUAUGAGACCUGGGUCCAGUACCAUCGUUUCGACCCGAAACUGGCCCAAUCGAGCCUUGGAGUUUAGUACAUCAUCUCUGUCAUACACAAUGCAGUCCAUCAGGAGACGAAACCCCCUACCACGUACCCUCCAUCCAAUUAGCACAAGUCUUUCAUGCACUGGGACCCCAAGACCUGUGGAAGAACUCGUCAGAGGAACUCGAGGCCCUGGGACAACUGACUCACUCUCCUCUCCCUCACCCUUGCCCCUGAGUCGAAAUAACUUGCUGCCACCUAUUGGCACCGCAGAGGUGGAACAUCUGAGUGCUCUGGGGCCACAGAGGCAAAUGAAAGCUCACAGUGAAUCCAGUCGAGCUCGAAGCGCUGUGGUGGACGAGCUGAACCAUCAGCAGCCCCAGGAGAGGCUCCUCUUACCAGACUUUUUCUCCAGGCCCAACACAACUCAGUCCUUUCUGCCGGACACACAGUACCGUCACUCGUGUGCCACUGAAUAUCCUCAUCAGGCCCGUCCUGGCAGGGGACCUGCUGGUCCACACUUACAUGGGUCUACAAAAUCUCAAAGCAGAGGUGGACCAGUCUCUAGAACCAGGCAGGGACCAUAAGGCAAAUGAGAAGAACGUGGUGUCCGGCUGCAGGGAACACGUCUGAAGAUGGAACGAACCAGUGUUAUCAUCUGCCCAUGGUAACAGGCAGAGCUUGUAGAAGAAAAUUUUGAAACCAUGAAGUUAAUUUUGGUUAACUGAGGAACUGUAACAGAAUUAUCUGCCAAAGAUUACACGGGUAAUUGUUUCUAUUUCCAGUUACUCUCUUUCAGUAUACGGAAAUAUUCAUGCCCAAAGAACAAUGAGUAAUUAUGCCCAAAGCAUACCUCAGGCUGUUAAUAGUGAUCAAUUCAACUAUUGUAGAAUUUUUUGAAUAUGUAUACACACAAAAAUCCAGCAAAUAACUGACUUGAUUUCGGAACACUUCUGCUUACAUUAAUUUCUGAAGCAAUAUAUUUCAUAUUUGACACACCUUGGUCAAACACUUGAACAAUUCAGCAAAUAGAUGUCAUUUCUAAACUUUUCUCUUUAGAUGUCUAUUCCCAGAGGCAGAUAAGCAUGGACAAGGGGGCAGGGUGAGUAACCAAAGACAUGAUGAACAUCAGCAUAAGUAUUUUCAGAUAGGAUAGCGCAACCUCACAUGGCCUGCCUGAUACCAGGUUAUGCUUAUUCCUACUUAAAAUAACUUACUGGUUCUAUAUUUUCCAAAUCUUAAAUUCAUUGUGUCAAAUUUCCUACUGCAGGAAAGUCUAUUAAAAAAUAUUUUGUAGACUCUUGCUAUUUUAUUAAGCCACCAAGAUGUAAUUCCUUGAAAAAUUAACAAAUCCUGGCAAUUAGUCCGGUAUAAAUAUAUCCUACAAUAAAUGGCUUCUGAUGUUAGGGAGACAGCAGCAGUCAAGAGCUUUAGCAUUCUUCAGAUGUUACCAUAGACCUUUUCUUGAGGGUGCUCAUGAACGCAGCAGUGAUUGUCACUAUAGCUUAAAUUUACAUAUUUCAUUUCACUGGACACUAAUCUUGAUUAUCAUACCAGUUUUAGAUCUUACUAUAUCUUCAGCAUGAACAAGUCGAGUGAUCACAAACCUGGAUAUCUUUAAAAUUUUACUAUGUUCUUAUGCUGUCAUAUGAAAAGAGAUGUUUCAAACAACUGGCAUUAGAUUAUAUUUUUAAUACUAUUACAGUAACUUUUAAACCUUUUUGUAAUUAGAAACUGACAAUGUGUCCUGUGUUUUCUUAGCUAAAUUAUGACAAAGCUUUGGUAUUCAGCCUGUUUUAGGCAUAUGGUUCAAAUAGAUUAGUCUAUGGAGUUUCCGAUUUUAAGUAGGGUAAUUCCUAAAAAUAUAUAUAUUUAAAACUA